AUGGCAUCGCUGCUGUGCAACGCCCGGAUCCAGCUCACAGAGACGCUGGAGCAGAUGCAGCAAGGGUCCCUGAUGCGCAAAGUCAAAUCCAAGAGCUGGAAGAAGCAGCGUUACUUCAAGCUGCAGGAGGACUGCAUGACCAUCUGGUACCAGUCCAAGAGGACGGGCAAAACUGAGUCUGCCUUCUCCAUCAGCGAUGUGGAGACGGUGCGGGAAGGGCACCAGUCAGAGGUGCUGCAGAGCCUGGCCGAGGAGUUUCCCCCCGAGCGCUGCUUCACCAUUGUCUUCUACGGCCGCCGGGGCAACCUGGACCUCAUUGCCAGCUCGGCGGAGGAGGCACAGUGCUGGGUCCAGGGCCUGCGCCAGCUCGUCGAGGUGGCCACCAGCAUGGACCAGAGGGAGAAGAUAGACCAAUGGAUUCGUGACUGGUUCCAGAAAGCCGACAAGAAUAAAGAUGGGCGUAUGAACUUCAAGGAGGUGCAGCGUCUCCUCAAGAUGAUGAAUGUGGACAUGAACGAGGAUCAUGCCCUGCGGCUCUUCCAGGCUGCUGACAAGUCGGAGUCAGGGACGCUGGAAGGGGAGGAGUUUGUGCUCUUCUACAAAGCCCUCACACAGCGCGAGGAGGUGCUGAGCCUCUUCCAGGACUUCUCUGAGGAUGGCAAGAAGCUGACACUGCUGGAGCUGGUGGAUUUCCUGCGGGAGGAGCAGCUGGAGGUUGAGCACACGGAGGAGCUGGCCAUGGAGCUCAUCGACAAGUAUGAGCCAUCGGAGACAGCCCGGGCUCGCCACGUGCUGAGUGCUGAUGGGUUCCUCAUGUACCUCUGCUCCCCGGAGGGCUCCAUCUUCAACCCCCAGCACCGGGCACUGUGGCAGGACAUGAGCCAGCCGCUCUGCCACUACUUCAUCUCCUCCUCCCACAACACCUACCUGAUAGAGGACCAGCUCCGGGGCCAGAGCAGCAUCGAGGGCUACAUCAGGGCUCUGAAACGGGGCUGCCGGUGCCUGGAGGUGGAUUGCUGGGAUGGGCCGAACGGGGAGCCCAUGGUGUACCAUGGCCACACCUUCACCUCCAAGAUCCCCUUCCGGGAGGUGGUGAGCACCCUGGGGAAGUACGCCUUCAAGACCUCGGACUACCCAGUAAUCCUGUCCCUGGAGAACCACUGCAGCAUGGAGCAGCAGGAGGUCCUGGCCCAGCAGCUCAAGGCCAUUCUGGGGGAACAGCUCCUCACUGCCACCACUGAUGGGCGCAUCCCCACCCAGCUCCCAUCCCCGGAGGGGAAGAAGAUCGGGCGUCUGGAGGACACACUGGACGGGCCAGGGGAUGAGGUGCCAGAUGUGUCUGAUGAUGACAAUGGGGCAGAGGCGGAGGAGGAGAGGCGGAGGGCAAAGAAGGACAGGGAGAGCCUGGCACAGGCAUUGUCCGACUGCGUCGUCUACUGCAAGAACGUGUCCUUCCGGGGCUUCCAGGAGGCCCGCAGCCAUUCCCGGCCUUCUGAGAUCUCCUCCCUUGCUGAAGCCAAGGCCAGGAAGCUCAUCCGGGACGCAGGCAAUGAGUUUGUCCGCCACAACGCCUGGCAGCUGACACGCAUCUACCCCAGCGGAAUGCGGACCGAUUCCUCCAACUACAACCCCCAGGAGAUGUGGAAUGUGGGGUGCCAGAUCGUGGCCCUGAACUUCCAGACAGCCGGCACGGAGAUGGACCUGUGUGACGGGCUCUUCAGCCAGAAUGGCCGCUGCCCCUUCAUGAGGGAUGAGGAGACUCUCUUCAACCCCAGCGACCCCAGCAGCCGGGAGGGCCCUGGCCCUGUCACCCUGACAAUCCAGGUGAUCAGUGGGCAGCAACUGCCCAAAGUGGCCAACAGCAAGGACGGAGCUGUCAUUGACCCACUGGUGCGUGUGGAGAUCCACGGGGUGCCCGCAGACCAGGCGCACCAGGAGACCAAGUACAUCGAGAACAACGGGUUCAACCCCCGCUGGGAUGAGAUGCUCCAGUUCCAGCUCCAUGUACCCGAGCUGGCCCUUGUCCGCUUCGUGGUGGAGGAUUAUGACAAGACCUCCAGGAACGACUUCGUGGGCCAGUUCACCCUAGCCUUUGCCAACAUCAAACCUGGCUACCGCCAUAUCCAUCUCCUCUCCAAGGAUGGCAUCAGUAUCCCACCCUCUUCACUCUUUGUCCACAUCCGCAUCACUGAGCCGCCAGGGCCUGAGCAGGACUGA